UAUAAGAGCAGGGGAGGGGGCAGUGGCACGGUUAGAAUACAGACACUCUGCUCCGAGGCCCCUCAGCAGCUUCAGAUGCUCAUUUAAACGCACGCCGUUCGACCAGAAUCAAUAGAAGAAGUUAGUGAGCCGUAGAUUUGGUGGGAGAUCGGUUCACUCUUCACUGGCCUGCGCUGCUGCUGCGGGACAGUUUGUGAUGUGAGCGCCGGCUGCGGCAAAGCGGAGCUUUUACGCACGAUGGAUGCGUUUUUACGCGAGGAGCGCGAGCGGCUGCGGAACGCGUCCUGCUGCGACGCGAGUCGCGUGAACGACAGCCACGCGGGGAACAGCACGGCGAACCCCCUGAAGCGGAACGAAGACGUGGCCAAGGCGGAGGUGGCCGUCCUGCUCCUGGUGCUGCUGCUCGCCGUGACGGGCAACCUCUGCGUCCUGUGGGUCGUCCACGCCACCAAGCGCGCCCAGUCGCGGAUGCAUUAUUUCAUGAAGCACCUGAGCAUCGCGGAUCUGGUCGUCGCGUUCUUUCAGGUCCUACCGCAGCUCAUCUGGGACAUCACCUUCCGCUUCUACGGGCCGGACCUGCUUUGCCGCUCGGUCAAAUACCUCCAGGUCGUGGGCAUGUUCGCGUCCACGUACCUGCUGGUGCUGAUGUCCGUGGACAGGUGCCUGGCUGUGUGCCGACCCCUGCGCGCGGUGGCCAAGAGGACGGACCGCACGUGCGUGCUCGCCUCCUGGAUGCUCAGCUUGGUGUUCAGCGCUCCUCAAGCCUGCAUCUUCUCCCUGAAGGAGGUGGGGAGCGGAGUGUACGACUGCUGGGGAGACUUUGUGCAGCCGUGGGGCGCCAAGGCGUACGUCACGUGGAUGAGCGUGACCAUUUACUUCGUCCCCGUGGCGAUUUUGAGCGUCUGCUACGGCCUGAUAUGCCUUAAAAUCUGGCAGAAUUUCAACUUGAAAACGAGAAGGGGGCACGUCCUCGCGCUCACUGCGAGGACCUCCAAGGCGCCGCAUCCUCUGUCUCGGGUGAGCAGCGUGAAGCUGAUCUCCAAAGCCAAGAUGCGCACAGUGAAGAUGACCUUCGUGGUGGUCCUGGUGUACAUCGCAUGCUGGACUCCCUUCUUCUUUGUCCAGCUGUGGUCUGCGUGGGAUCCUGAUGCACCAAGAGAAGACGCCGCCUUCAUCAUCUCCAUGCUGCUGGCCAGUCUCAACAGCUGCUGCAACCCCUGGAUCUACAUGCUCUUCGCCGGCCCCCUGUUUCGCGACGGGAUGCGCUGCUGCAGCCGUGGCCCCGCGCGCAGGUCCACUUCCAAGACGGGCAGCAGCCAGCGGAGCCUCACGCACGCGUCCGGCGCAGCGGGACCCUGGCGCUGA